GCCCAGUGCUGGUGGCGGCACCGCCUCCUUCCCUCUCUAGUCCGGGCGGCUGUGGGCAGGGAAGAGGCGGAGACGCAGCAGCAGCAGCGCAGGAGCAGCCGCAGCAGGAGCGCGCCGGUGGUGCCAGAGCGAUGGCCAUCCUGGCCCAGCUGCGGCGGCGGGGCUGCUGGGGAGCCGGGCCGGGGCGCCCGGAGGUCCCGGGCCAGCCGCGGCUCUUUGGGCUGCUUCUCCUGGCGAUGGCGGGGCUGGACGGCGGGGCCGGCGCGCAGGCGGAGUCCCUCGCCUCCGGCGCGCGCCCCGGGGCCCUGGAGGAGGAGAUCGUGUCUGAGAAGGCGGCCGAAGCGAGCCACCGGCAGGAUAGCGCCAACCUGCUCAUCUUCAUUCUCUUGCUCACCCUCACCAUCCUCACCAUCUGGCUCUUCAAGCACCGCCGGGCGCGCUUCCUGCACGAGACCGGCCUGGCCAUGAUCUACGGCGUCCUAGUGGGAGUUGUCCUCCGCUAUGGCAUCCACAUUCCCAGUGAUAUCAACAAUGUGACCUUAAGCUGCCCGGUGCAGACAAGUCCUGCCACUUUGUUGGUCAAUCUCAGUGGAAAGUUUUAUGAGUAUACCCUGAAAGGGGAAAUCAGUUCUCAUGAACCUAACAAUGUUCAGGACAAUGAGAUGCUGAGAAAGGUGACGUUUGAUCCAGAAGUAUUCUUCAAUAUCUUACUACCUCCAAUUAUAUUUUAUGCAGGAUACAGCUUAAAAAGGCGGCAUUUCUUUCGAAACCUGGGAUCCAUACUAGCAUAUGCAUUUCUUGGAACGGCGAUCUCCUGUUUUGUGAUAGGGUCCAUCAUGUAUGGGUGUGUUGCACUGAUGAAGGUGAUGGGACAGCUCAGAGGAGACUUCUAUUUUACUGACUGUCUGUUGUUUGGUGCUAUUGCCUCCGCUACUGACCCAGUGACUGUACUUGCCAUAUUCCAUGAGCUUCAAGUGGAUGUUGAACUCUAUGCCCUUCUCUUUGGUGAAAGUGUCCUCAACGAUGCAGUUGCCAUCGUGCUGUCUUCUUCGAUUGUAGCAUAUCAACCAGCGGGAGACAACAGCCACACUUUUGAUGUGAUGGCAAUGUUCAAGUCCAUUGGGAUUUUCUUAGGGAUCUUCAGUGGAUCAUUUGCCAUGGGAGCUGCUACUGGAGUUGUGACUGCUUUGGUCACCAAAUUUACCAAACUCCGUGAGUUCCAGCUGUUGGAAACAGGAUUGUUUUUCUUGAUGUCUUGGAGUACGUUCCUACUGGCUGAAGCUUGCGGUUUUACAGGUGUUGUAGCAGUAUUGUUUUGUGGGAUUACUCAGGCUCAUUAUACUUACAACAACUUGUCAACAGAAUCCCAGCACAGAACUAAACAGUUGUUUGAGCUCCUCAAUUUCUUGGCUGAAAACUUCAUCUUCUCCUACAUGGGUCUUACACUGUUCACUUUCCAGAAUCACGUGUUUAAUCCGACAUUUGUGGUGGGAGCUUUUCUGGCUGUGUUCUUGGGGAGAGCUGCAAACAUUUACCCUUUGUCUUUCCUGCUUAAUUUGGGGAGAAGAAACAAGAUUGGGACAAAUUUUCAACAUAUGAUGAUGUUUGCUGGCUUGCGUGGCGCCAUGGCCUUUGCCUUGGCCAUUCGGGACACGGCCACCUAUGCACGGCAGAUGAUGUUCAGCACAACGCUGCUGAUAGUGUUUUUCACUGUCUGGGUGUUUGGAGGUGGCACCACUCCCAUGCUUUCGUGCCUCCAUAUUAGGGUUGGUGUGGAUGCAGAUCAAGAGAACUUGGAUGUGCCGGAAAAUGAAAGGAGAAGUACCAAGGCAGAGAGUGCCUGGUUAUUCCGACUGUGGUAUAAUUUUGAUCACAAUUACCUGAAGCCCCUCCUGACUCAUAGCGGGCCUCCUCUUACAACUACACUCCCAAGCUGCUGUGGGCCCAUUGCGAGGUGCUUGACUAGCCCACAGGCUUAUGAGAAUCAAGAGCAGCUGAAAGAUGAUGAUUCAGACCUUAUUUUGAAUGACGGGGACAUCAGUUUGACAUACGGGGAUUCCACUGUGAACACAGAUUCGUUCACAUCUGGUACAUCGCGAAGGGUGGUAGGAAACGGUUCGGAGGAUGCGCUGGACCAGGAGCUUGGCUUUGGGGACCAUGAACUUGUCAUAAGGGGCACGCGCCUAGUUCUCCCCAUGGAUGAUUCAGAACCCCCUUCAAAUGUUGUAGAUAAUGCUAGGCAUGGCCCAGCAUAAGAUCUGUUGCCUGAUUUGACUGACAGCAGAAAAUAAGUUAAUUAAAAAAUCCACAUAUGAUCAUGAAGAAAAAUGUACUGCCUACAACAAAAACCUACUGCAUGUCUCAGAAUGUCUAAGCUAUAUAAAUAUUAUUUAUUUAUAUGGUGUUAGGAGAAUAUAACUAUCUGUAUGAGACAACUUGUGAAGAGCAAGCUGUUAAUUUCAUAAGUUAAAUCAGCAAACUCAUGAACUAUAUUGUGUAGCAGUGGAACUAUUUUAGAACAAAAUUCGGGGGGGGGUACAAAAAUGUUGCUGCCAAGAUGUUCCAUCCCAAUUUUAACUAUGUAAGAGAGUCUGCUUUUUUGUAUUUCACAAUGUUACAUCACUUAUCUGAGACCAGGAAGGAGGUGGCGGCAGCUUCGUUUGGUGUUAGCCAUGCCCAUUUCAGGUGGUGAACAUUUCAGCGACCUAGGAGACUGGCUUUAGGGGAUGAUAGCUUUGGACACUUGCUAAUUUCUCUGAAAAACAGCUAUAGGAUUUGAUAAAAUAGAUCUUGAUAUAAUGAUGGCCUCAGUGUUAAACCUGCCAUCAGCUAAUAAGAAGCUGUGAUGGAAAGGAAGGGCUCAGAUCAAACUGUCAUUUAGCAAAUCAUUGCUGGCUUGUUAGUAGGAGCAGUUUGCAACUCUCUACUAAUUGGCAUUGGAGUGUCUCAUUAUAAGGCCACAGGUGAUUGAUUCUAAAGAAGCGAUUAACGGCAUGUGUGUGUGUGUUGUGUUCUGUUUUUAAAAUGUCUCUCUUGCCUUACACCAUAGGGGCAGGGGCAGGUUCUGAGUGACGGAGCAGUCAAAGCGGGCAAAAUUUGGUUUCUCACUUAGAGGAUUAAGCCGUGUUUCUAGAGCAGGUAAGGACGUAUGGAGGAGGCAUUGCUGGCUCCUUUUAAGCUCCUAAUUGAGUGGCUGUGCCUUUCUGCUACAUCAAAAUUUUCUUCUUGCUGCACAGUUGCUGAGAAGACCAGUUGAUGUAAAAUAGUUUGGUCCAGUUCCCCACUUCAACAUGGAGUCUGGCUGUGUGAACAGCACAUGCAAAGGUUUAAGACUCUACAUGCAGGUUUUCAAACGAGACAGUUUAGGAUACUAAGUAGUACUGAAAAGGGUUUGUUUGUCUGUCCACCCUGUCUAGCUGCAUUUUUGUUUGGGAACUCCUUUGCAUGCUUAUGUGACUAUAAAAAAACUUGGGCUUUGUUCUUGUCUCUCUUUAAUGUUAAAUGAGAAAGAUGUUUGUCAGCUGCCAUAGUUUAUUUAGUUGUCGUCGUUGUUUUCCUGAGGAAGAGCACUGGACAACUUGCUGAUGCUGCACUUUGUGUAUUCAGCUUUAUUCCGCAGUGAUCUUUUUAUUUAUUUAUUAUUUUUUUUACACAAUGCAUUGGGUGGUUUUGAGAAGCCAAGAGUUCUGAAUGUCUUGUUUUCUUCAGAGAAAACAGUGGCUGUAUAAAACCUUUCCAUGUACAACUCUUAUUUUUCCUUUCAGACAUAACCGUUGAUGGGGCUCCACACAGUCAGUGGUACUGUAAGGCUGUACAAGCUUAACAUAGUGCUCUGUUAACACAAAAUGACCACCCUAGGGGGAAAAAACAGAAUCCAGUCUUGAUCUGUUUGAGCAUCAGCUUGGGGAAGAGGUGCAACUGCUCCUUAGGCAACGCUUCAGAUUCUCUGAGCUGUUCUCUCAUUUCUUUCUGGGGAGAAGUCUCACUCCGGAUAGAACGCCCUUCCUUCUCCCAGCAAAGAGAAAAUAACAAGAAAAUUGGUUGAUAUCAUAUUUGUGUGACUUAGAAAUCCUUAUGACUAUCUUCUGCUCUAUCUGGGGACAGAUAGGGUAGACGUGGAGAUCAUGGGUUGUAUCCAGCUAAGUUCUGUGCAGAGUAGACCCAUUGAAAUUAAUGGACCUAAGUCAUGUCUGAGUAGAACUAGCACUGGAUAACAACGCCAUGCUUUCAAAUAAAUGCCUUAUAACUUGAUCCACUUUUUAUUUCCUCCCGGAGGUCAAGGGGCUGAGCAGCUGGGAUCCUAUAACUCGCAAGCAGGCAGACUCGCUGCUUCUCAUCCUUACGAAAACAGGGCCUUUGGCUGUUGUCAGUGGGUGACCAUCCCCAGCCUUUCCAGCCCUAAGCAGGCAUGGGGGUGGGUGACACUCCAUGCAAAAAAAAAAUGCUAGGAGGUGGAAUUGUUACAUUACAACCAAGAAAACAAGUUAUCCUCUUUUUUUUUAGAAAGAAAAGGUUUUACGUUCUCAGGUCUGAAUGACAUGCCUUAAGUAUACUUCAGUGCAAUUUUCUCUGUCCCCAAGAUCAUAAGAUUCUUUCCCUUCUUUUAAAGAGUAAGCAUUGUGUAACCAGCCAGAAAGGUCUUUCGUGCAAGCCCCAUUGAAAUGAAGGGAAAUUUGUUAAAAACAACCCUGGUUCAGUUUUUUCCUUUACUGCUUGUGCAAGAGAAGUAGGACCUCCAUUGGACCUAGGAAAUGCCAUUAUUACCAUUGUUAUCACUGCAAUUUGUUUGGUACCAAUAUGUCUUUUCUUUUUUUCCUGCUAUGCAGGAAUUCCAUGAAGUGUGUGUGUGUGUGUAUUUUUAUAUAAUGUCUGUAUCUUUGAAGUUGGAUGUUAAAAUAAUGAUAAUAGGAAAAUGUUCAUGUGUUGAGGUUUUUACAUUAAUGAUUUCCUUUGUUAAAGGCUUUUCCAAACAAGAGGGAAUGACCUGUUUAACCCCCUCUUAUUAAACCUUGUAUAAACUGAUAGGACCGCCGGUAAUCAUAUUUACCAAAAUAUGUGUUAUUCAGCAAACAUACUCAGCAAAUCUGCCUCUAGUUCAGAGUAUAUUACUGGAUUCUGCACCUGUAUUUCACCUGAAUUGGGAGGCUGCAUGUUCCCCAUGGUGUCCAUUUGGGUUUUGUAGGUACAAACAUUUUUGUAGACAAUGCGAGAGAGCUAUAAGUGUUAGGCUCCCUCCCUUCCCUGCUGUCCCAUAGCAGAAAGUAGCACAUAGCGCAGGGCAGUGCUAGGUUUGUUUGCCUGUACCUGAUACAUUCAUUGCCCUUAGUGGGUGGAAAGAGGGGCAUAGAUAGCAGGCUCAGGGAGAUCUGGAUACAGCUGAAUCCAGUAUAGUAAAACAGACAAAGAAUUGAGCAAGGACAAAAAAUGAGACCCACUACUAGAAAUAAAUAUACAAGGUUUAACACCACAAUAGAUAAAAUGUAUUCAAAUAAUAUAGCUGCUUAAUUACAAUACUAAACAAAAUGAUAUUACCAGAUGGAGCCUGAUCAACAAACUAAUGUGACAAAUGGUAAAUUGUGGCUGACCAAACACAUUUGAACCAUUUAGGUCCAAUUUGUUUUCCGUAUAAUUUGUCACAGUAAAUCUAACCACUUAACUAAUCUGCCUGGAUGAUCUGCCUGUGCUCUUGGUCACAAUUUAUUGUUUGUCACAUCAGUUUGUUGAUCAGGUAUCUAUUUGGAUAUAUCAUUUUAUUUAUUAUUGUAAUUAAGCAUGUUUAUGAAAUCCUUUAUUUGUUUGAAUGUAUUUUAUCUAUUGUGGUGUUAAAGCUUGUGUGUGUUAAUUUCUUUAUACAUUUUAGCAGUAGCAAGUCUGAGGUUUUUUCCUUGCCCAUUUCAUUGUUUUUGUUUUGCUUUGGAGAUUGGGGCCCACACAUCCUGUUUUGCUGGUUUGGAGAAUCCAUUAUAGAGCUGCGUCAUUCUUCACUGUCUAGCUGAAGACUUCCUUUCCUCCUGAGUAGGCAAAUGUUCAAACGAACAACCCCUCAGUGGAUACCUCCUUCUUGUUGACAGGUGGAAACAGACUUGCAAUUUGCCAUUUAUUUAAACAGGAGGAAUGUGUGAAAGGGGGGCACUUGGGGAUGUUGGUUCCCUGGCACAAACAAGCCUCAGUAGCCAUGGAUUCAUGCUAGGAAUGGGGAAUACAUUUCUUCCUUUUGAAAGGUAGGCGAGUAUGUCCUUGCAAUGCUGUGGAGCAGGCCUCUUGUAGGUCUCCUUCAGAGGUACUUCCCAAGAUGGUGGCCAUUGAGUGUGCCUAAUUUCCCUUUCUCAUACAUGAAUUAAGAGCUAUCCACAUUGUUUCUUUAACAUAACUAUGAAUUAAGGGUUUGCAUACAUCCACAGAAAUGUUGUGGAUGCUGAGCUGGCCAGGAGCAUCUACCCUCAAUUUCCCUUCCAGACUGAGCUGCUCUGCUAAAUCAAAACUCCAUUUUUCUAUAAUCUCUGUGUGUAUGUAGUAAUAAGCUCCCCAUGUUCCUUUUGUACAUUAGCUGUUCGGCAUAGUCAUGUUGACAUGCUGCUGUAGUUCCAGAAUUCUGAUGCCGAUGAUUCUAACUGCUUAUUGAGUUAUUUUUCUGCUGUCAGGGUGAUUGCUUUGGUCCCAGGUUUUAUUGCAUGUGAAUAAUAAAGAGAGCCUUUUAACAAUGGAACUAAUUAAAGAUAUCUACUGCAGUUGCCCAGGGUUUAUCCAUGAUUUGCCAGAAAUAACUAAUAAUAAUUAGUAUUGACUCAAUUUCUUUGACGUUGCAGUAGAACUUAAUAUCUGCAAGGGGUCAUUGCACCCCAGUUCUUAAUGACCUCAAAUAUAGCUGUGGAAACCUAUUACCUCCCAAGUCCAGUCACGGACCCUUACAGGCAGUGUCUGCUGCAAGAGCGCAAACUUGCUAAAGGAUUAGGAAACUACUUCACUUGAAACGGUCUGUUCUGUAAACUGAAUGGACAUCUUUACCAGCAUCAAAUGACACUGUAGGUCAAGUUCUGGUUUACUCUACUUACUGUUGGGAUUGUCUGUUUUUAUGGUACUAUUAACUGCUAUAGUUGUGGCAUUCUUGUAAUUAUAUUCUUAAGCAUAUUGCACCUUUUUGGGUUUAUGAUGACUAAAUCUUUUAUUGUUACCUGCACUGUGAGAAAAAAAAAGAAUCAUGGGCCUAUAAAAACAAGUUUGUUUCUUUGGA